UCUUCCUCUAGCUCAGCUACCAUGACUUUAAAAAUCAUCACUGUUGCGUAGCGAGAUUGUGGUCACCGUGGUUACUAAGCAGGUAUUUAGCUGUGAGGGAAAAGUGCCCGGUGAGUCGCUAAGAUGGUCAGAGCUGGCGGCACAUUGAAGUUAGCUGCGCUGGUUGCAGUUUUCUUCUUAGGCGUGUUUUUGGUUUUUCAACUCCUGGCGAUCAACACGGAUUUUAAAAUUGGCAAUGUGAUUUCAAGAUAUUUGCCAGCAAAUGAAGUUACAACACAGCCAUUAAAACAUAAAUGUGGGCUGUCCAAGACAUGUCCACCUGGACACUUUGCAUUCAAGAUGGCGAGCGGUGCAGCCAGUGUGGUUGGGCCCAGAAUUUGCCUAGAAGACAAAUUCUUAAUGAGCAGCGUGAAGAACAACGUGGGGAGAGGAAUCAACCUUGCCCUGGUUAAUGGGAAAACUGGGCAACUUGUCACAACAGCUUUUUAUGACAUGUGGGCAGGAGAUGUGGCUCCUCUUAUUAAAUUCCUGAAUGAAAUUGAAGAUGGGACGAUUGUAAUGAUGGCCUCAUUUGAUGAUCCUGCAACAAAACUAAAUGAUGAAGCCAGGAAGCUGAUCACUGAUCUGGGCAGCUCUGUUGUGGCGAAUUUGGGCUUCCGGGACAACUGGAUCUUUGUUGGAGGCAAAGGCAUCAAGACCAAGACCCCGUUUGAGCAGCACAUAAAGAACAGUGCAGACACCAACAAAUACGAAGGCUGGCCCGAAGUCUUGGAGAUGGAAGGCUGCAUACCACAGAGGCAGGACUGAUGGCCACUCACCCCACUUUUCACCCCCUAACCCUGCCCUUCUGUUCUCGUGAGACUUUGUCAUGGUUACUUUCCUUCGAGCCCGGUCUCACCCCAGAAGAUUUUGCUGAAAUUUUUCUGCUGGCUUCUGUGGAAUGGAAACUUCACGCUUCAAUAGCAGCAGCAAAUAAAACUUUGAACUUUUUCUUUGCUUUCCUUUCAGUACAUUUUCAUAUAUGAUUACUGGAGCUUAAUAAUGGAGGUAGUGUGUAGCAUGCACUGAACAAAAGGGAUUUAUUUCAGUUGUUGGCUUUCUUUCACUCUUUCUACCCUUUAAGUCCUAAGACUUAGCUGUGAUGUAUUUUUAUUGAAAGUGGAGAAUUUUGCUCUCACUUGUGUUCAGCGGUGGCUUAAGUUUCCAUGACCUUUAUUUAUCCUGCCUUAACUAUACUUUUCAUACCUUUUUUUUUUUAACCAGUAAAUCCUUUUAUUAAUACGUUUUUAAGAUGCUUGUUUUCAUGACUUUAUAACCAAAUGUACCACAUUGACUGUGAAAUUUGUAAAUAUUUCUUAAAAUAGGAGACAUUUUAAUGAUUAAUUUAAUGAACACUGCAAUGAUAGAAUUUCUUAAAUAAAUGAUGUACAUUUGUG